AUGCCGAGAGGAGGUGCAAAGUCGCUUCUGGCAAACGCCCGGCGUGGCCUGCUAACUUUCAAAGUGGGCGGUGAGCCCUUCGAGCUUCCGUGGCCCUUCCUGGCGCUUCACUCGCCCAAGUGGGCACAGAAGCUGGCCGAGGAGCCUGAAAUGGCAGAGCAAGUCAUUGAACUGGAGGGCGAGGCGGACUCCUUCAGAGCCUUUCUGAACUUCCUUCAAGGGGCAGAAGGCCCUACAGGAGAUUUGCGGCCGGACAAUUUCAUGGCAGUGCUGGAGUGGAGCGAGGAUUUUGGCGUGGAUCACAUUCGUGGCCAGUGUGAGGCCUUUCUCUUGGACCCCAAGGGCCGAGACGCCAUCGAACUCUCUCCCGAUGAGAUCCUCGAGAUUGCUGCGCGCUUCAACAUGCCCAAGCUUUACCAGAAAGCGGUGGAGAUUACAGGGCAGGGUAUGCAAUACCUCCAGGCGUGGGCAGUUGUGGGGGAUGGGUCCAAUCGACUGGACAGCGACAUAUUGUGA